AUGGCGGCCUUCGGGGCCCGGGUGGAGCCGCCGCCGCCUCCUCAGCCUCUGCAGCCGCCGCAGCCGCAGCCGUGGGCGGCGUCGGGCCCGCGCUUCCGCUGGUACCGCUACCAGGAGGCGGCCGGGCCGCGGCAGGCGCUGCGGAGGCUCCGCGAGCUGUGCCGCCAGUGGCUGCGGCCCGAGCGCCACAGCAAGGAGCAGAUCCUGGAGCUGCUGGUGCUCGAGCAGUUCCUGACCAUCCUGCCGGCCGACGUGCAGGCCUGGGUGCGAGGCCGCAGCCCGCGCUCCGGGGACGAGGCGGCCGCCGGCGUGGAGCUGCUGCUGCGGCUGAGGCUGCAGCAGGAGCAGGGGGCCGAGCCGCAGGUACCAGGCUUUGCCCAGCAACCAGAAGUGCUAUCAGAGGAGAAGGCAACAGAGAUGACAAUCCUGGGAGGAGUGCCAGAAUCAUCUGCUUUGCUUCCCGUCAGUGACUCUUCAAGAACAAAGUCUGAAUCUCUUCACCAUGGAACCUUGGUCUCCCUCCAGGAUUCCCAACAAGAUCAAGAAACCAGGACUAUGAAUGAGGAGUUAAUUCUAAAGCAGGAAAUUUCUGAAGAGGUGGAAUCCCAGUGGAUGGUUUCAGAAAGACCCAGAGAGGAAGUUUCCCAGGGACCUGUGUUUGGAGAAGCCCUUGAACAGGAGGUCAGGUUAGAGAGACAGCCGGGAAAAUCUGGGGAGGAGAGCCUGAACAGAUCCCUUUCCUUGGAAAGGGGUUUCAGACCAGUGACAGCAAUCCACCAGACAACUUCCAUAGAGGAGCAAAGCCAAGAAUUUAAUGAAUUUGAGAGAAGCUUCAAUCUUAGUUCAAACCAUGUUACAGAUCAGAGAUUUCCUAUCGAAGAGGAUGCUCAUUGUGAUACCUGUGGUGAAAUUUUUCAAGAAACUUCAGAGCUUAUUGAACAUGAGAAAAUUCAUAUUGGAGAGAAACCUUAUAAAUGCGAUGAUUGUGGAAAGGCUUUUGGUCGAAGCUCACACCUUAUUCAGCAUCAGAGAAUUCACACUGGAGAGAAACCCUAUGAAUGUAAUGAAUGUGGGAAAGCCUUCAAUCAAAGUUCACACCUUGUUAGACAUCAGAAGAUUCACACAGGAGAGAAACCCUACGUAUGUACUGAGUGUUGGAAAGCCUUCAGUCGGAACUCAGUCCUUAUCAGGCACCAGAAAAUUCACACUGGAGAGAAACCCUAUGAAUGUAGUGAAUGUGGGAAAAAUUUCAGCCAGAGUUCCGGCCUUAGGAAGCAUCAGAGAAUUCAUACUGGGGAGAAACCCUAUGAAUGUAGUGAAUGUGGGAAAGGUUUCAGGCUGAUCUCAACCCUCAUUCAACAUCAGAGAAUUCACACUGGAGAGAAGCCCUUUGAAUGUGAGGAAUGUGGGAAAGCCUUUCUGCGGAACUCUGGGCUUGUUGAACACCAGAGAAGUCAUUCUAGGCAGUGAGCAGCCACCAAGAGUAGCAGCCUUCCCUUGUGAAGGAGGCAACAUUGGAUCAGACUCUUCAUCUGGGAUGACUCUGAAACAUAAAUUAAUCUCAGUUGCAUCAUUUUUGCCCAGCAAUGACCUAUGUUAAGUCUCUCUAUGUACCAGUGUCUUACCUUACAAGACCUAGUAAAAAGGAGAAGUUGGGGAUCAGGGGUGCCCUGGAAAGAGACUUCCUUACUGAAUGGAGGGGGGAUGCAAAAGCACCUGUUCCUGAGUACAAAAAGGAAAAAGGGCUCAGGUGUGGCCCUUGAAACAAAAAGAUACUGUGGUAGCUGAGUCACGGGAGCUGAGAGAUCAAAUUCCUAUGACAUUCCACUGAACACCAGAGAAAACUUGUUUUUAUGAUGCUUGUAACUUUCCCUUCAUUUGUUCUUUUUAUUGACCUUCUCCUCUUAAGCUCCCAACCCGUCUUCCUGUAGUUAGAGCAACAAAAACCUUCAGAAACACCCCUGGUACCUACAUAUUCCUGCCUCAGGGACAGGGGGUAGGGAGAUACUGGGAGACUGGGUUCUGUGUUUUUGGAGGGGCCUAGAUACAGUAGUGGCACCUAGGAAGGAAGCUGGUGGGAAAGAAGAAAGGGGUUAUUGGGAAGCCAAUCUAAAAACCAAGAAGUGCCUCUGAGGGUUUAUCCCAGCAGGAGACCCUAAACCCUGCUGGGAGGGCUACCCAGAAAAAAACAGAGGUGGUUGGUGGGGGGCAGUGCACUACCACUCCUCAUUCCUGCUCUGUGCUGUGCUUGCCACUUGAAUGCUUCUUCAGGAUUCAGGUUGCCCAAGUAUGUCCCUAGCUUUCUCAUGAAUCUGAUCUCAGAUCUGUGGGAAGUCCUAGGGCCUCUUCAUUCUCUGUCCCUCUCUUCAGCUGUAGAAAUGGGAAGAUCACCUAUAAAGUCCUUUCCAGUUAUAAUUCUUGAUCCUAUUAUCUUCUGUCCACUAGUCUGUCUCUCACUUUUCCAACUUCCAGAAUGCUGUUAAUGGGGACUCCAUGUAAGACAAUUUGUGUAUGUAAUAUCAAGAACAGUGGAUUUGGAGUCAGAAGAUAUGGGUUAAAAUCCUAGCUCUACUGCUUACGAUCUGUGUGAACUUGAGCAGUUCUCACAUCUUCUGUGGGCCCCAGUUUACUCCUGUAAAACAAGGAGAUUGGAAUGUGAAAGUGUAUGCAAGUCCUGAGCAUUGUUCUAAGCUGGAAGACAGGCAAAGGACUUGCUUUUCCAAACUGCAGAGGAAGAUGUGAGAAUGGGUCAGCAUGCCCUGGUCAGAAUUGGCCCACUCCUGCAGGGGAAGUUGACAGAAACCAUGAGUGUUUGGGUCACGUUUGGGGAGGAGGGGUGGGGUGAGCAGCCACGUGCAUUAGUUGUCUCACUCCCACUCCCUAAUUCCACGCAAAGGUGACUUUGGAUCUCACUCAAAAACUUAGACUACUCUUUCUAAGGCUGACAAAUCUCCUUAAUUGCUAAAUGUGGUGGCCUUCUCUCAUCCCUCACACUUUCUCUGUUUGCAGCGACCAUGAGAGAAAUUGGCCCAGUUUGUUGUUCUCUCAAGGUUCUUCUGUCUCUAAUUUCCUGGUCUCCUUUGCUGAAUCAUCCAUCUCUUGCCACAAGUGUGGAUGUCCCAUAAAUCCUUGCCGUAGUCCUUCAAUCAAUCAAUCCCCAAGCACGUACUUCAUGCCAGGUACUCAGUUAAGUGUUAGGGAUACGAAGACAGAAGUAAAACAAUCCCUGCUCUUGAGAAGCUUCCAGUCCAGCUGGGCUAGACUACAUGCAUAUAUAGACAUUUAUGAAAUAGAUAUAAAUGAUUUGAGGGAAAGUACUAGUAGCUGGGGAGGAAUAGAAAGGCUUCAACUUGAAGGUGGUGCUUGCUGAGCCUUGAAAGAAACUAGGGAUUCUAAAAGGCAGAGGUCAAUAGAACUUUAUUUCAGGCUUGGAGGAUAGCCAAAGCAAAGGCGAUGCAGUAGGGAUAUAGGAAACGCAAGAUCACUUUGGCUCACCUCUCCUGUCUUUGUGACUACACAGAAAAUUCAAGUAUCAUUGGCUCCCAGGUUUAUAUAUCCAUUCAUAAUCACUCUCCUGAACUCCAGUCCUGCAUUCAGUCAAAUUCAGCAUGCAUUUGUUGAGGGCCUACUGGAAGAGGCACUGAAAGGUGCCAAAGAUAUAAGCACAAACAAGAUGGUUUCUGCCCUGAAGGAGUUUAUAGUCUACCUGGAGGAGACAACAGGUAUUCAGAUAAGCAUCUGUAGAAUAAAUACAAAAUGAUUUUGGAAAAGGAGGAAGAGCACUGACAACUCUGAUCAAUCAGGAAAGGCUUCCUGUAGGAGGCAGCCCUUGAACUGAGCUUGCAGAGGGGAUUUUACAAGGCAGAGGUGAGGGAUGAGGACUUCCAGGCAAGAGGGAGACAGCCUUCACAAAGAGAUGGAGUAUCAUGCUGGAGGAUUAGUAUGACAAUUUGGGCUCAAACACAGAGUGUGAGGAGGAAUGAUGUGAGAUCAGUUCAUAAAGAUAGGUUGGGGCUAAAUUGUAAAGGGCAUUAAAUGCCAAGAAGUAUUUUAUCCUAGAGGCAAUGGGGAGCCACUGAAACUCACCAGUUGCCUACUAGAUUUUCCCACCUGGAUACCCUGUAGUCAUGUAGAACUCAAAUUGAAAGCAGAAUUCACAUUUCCUCAGAGAUCUAUCCAUCUUCCUAAUCACCCAAGUUUAUCACCUCUCUUGACUCUCUUCUCUUCACCCCCCCAGUUAAUCAAAUCUAUUUUAUUUCUCCUCUGGAAUGCCCCUCAUAGCAAUCCCUUUUACUUCACUUCACCCAAAUUGCCACCACCCUGGUUCAGGACCUUAUCGCCUGUAACCUGAACCAUUCCAAUAGCCUCCUAAUUGUUUUUCCUGUUUCCAAUUCAUCUGGUAUACAGCUACCACAACUAUUACUAAAACAGGUCUGACCAUGUCCCUCCCCUAUUUGGACAUUUUAAGUAGCUCUAUCACCUAAAGAAAAAAUAAAGAUUUCUCAGCCUGAUCUUUAAGACUCUCCAUAAUGUCUACAUAUAGAUAGAUUUAUAUUUAAUAAAUAAUAAUUAAUUGAUAGUUAUGCCAUAUUACUCUCCUCACCCUAGUUUCAGCCAAACUGGCAUACCAGCUAUUUACUAAAUUUGACGUGCAAUCUCCUACCUCUGUGCAUUUGUAUAGCUUUCUAGACCCUACCUAGGAUUAAUUUAAGGCUCAGCUUAGGUUCCAACUUCAUGGCGCCUUCUCUGAUCCUGUCAGUGAUUAGUGGUGUCCCCUCAAAUUACCUUGUUUUGACCUUUGAAUAGUUUAAUGUUGAGGGCAGGGUUGUCUCUAUUGUCAGUAUCGUGCACAUAGUAACUGCUUUUAAAAAUGUUCGAUUGCCCACCGAAUCUCAGAAUGGAUAGGGAUCUGAUAGGCACAAAAGUCCUCUCUACAGUUUGCAUAUAUCUACAGGAACCUUUAUUGAAUCCUCUUGCAACUCAUUAGAAUGGGGGAUGAUAUAACUAUGGAGCUCCGUUCAGUAGGUAAUAAUUCACUAAUUAACACAAGAAAGCAAAGUUGAACCUAGGUGAGUUUUCUAACAUUGUUUCUUGGUUCCACUCCUCCCUCCCCCCCAUGCCCUUUUCUAGCUUUUUUGGGCUGCUAGUAAGAAGACCUAUUUCAAGCUAGUCUAGGCUGUGAUGUUGAUUUACUUACCUGAGGUUAAGUCCCUUCACCUUUUCUGGGCUUCAGUAUCUUCCUCUGUAAAAUGAGAUACUAGAUUGGAUCCCUUUAAUUUUUGCUCUCUAUCCAGGCUCAUUUCUUCUGGGAGUUACUCCCUCCAUUAUAACCUUCUUUAAUCUCUCCUGAUUCAUUUUCUCUUUGCCACUGCCUUGAAAACAUGCCUGAAUUUCUCCCUUCCUUAAAAAUCCUUCACUUGAUUUGUGGACAUAUUCAACUUAAGAGAACAUAUAGCCCAGGCUUUGCCUGAAAAAUCUGUCUAGCAUGAUUGCAUUCAUCAGAGGGGAUUUUUUUUGCCUAGACAGAAGCUUUCUGUGCACCUGCCAAUGUCUUAGGGGAAUGUUAAAUUGUUAUAAUGCCAAAUAACAAUAUUGGGGAUUUGUGUUUUUGUUCUUUUGAGGGUAAAUUUGAUACCACAGUUAACCUAUAUAGCUCAUUAGAGACAUUGUUAUUGACCUAAGAGAUGUGGGCACAUUUAUGUUUUCAUUGGAUGAGAUAACUUACUGUUACAAACAUACUUAACAUAACUUUACUUUGGAAGUCA